AUGGAUUAAAAGAGUCCUUAAAAAUAGUCAUCACCAAUAAAAAUCUCUAUUAAUAAUAUAGAUAAAAUCUCCUAUUCAAUUAAGGAUUCUUGGAAGAAUUAAGAGGAAGAAAAUCAGAAAUUGUUUGAUUAGUUUUUAUAAUAUUGCAAAUCCUAAUAUCCCGUUUUUAAUAUUAAAUUUACAUGUUCCAUAAGUGGGGAAUGGUUAGAGUAACCUGUAUAAAAAUUAAUUAUCAAAGGUGUCAUUUAUGCAAUGCAUAAUAGAAAAAAAGCAUUUGAAUGAUUGUUUUGAUCUUAAAUAAAUAUUGAAAUAUUUGAUAUAGAAUGACAGUAAUUUUAUGUAAGAUGGAUAUAUUUAGUGUCCUCUAUGCAGAGCAAAAAGUCAUUUUAAAAAAGAUAUACCUUUAAUUCCAAAUUUAUUAUUCCAAUAACUUUAAUAAAAAGUAUAAAUAAUAUAAUAAAAAAUAGUUAAACGAUAAAUCAAAACCAAUAACAUAUUAUUUAUCCACUUAAAUAUUAAUUCCUUUAUAUCCUGGCUUUUUAGGUAAGGAAUAAUUUAAAUACAAUAAUCAAAUUUAAUAAAUAUUUGGUUAAUAAAAUGAUACUCAAUAAAAUUUCACUACAAUAAGAAAGUAAACUAAAGGGAAUGAAUCCUUUAAAUAUUAUCAUCUUUGUUUAUUAGGGAAUAUGAGAAUACAAAUUCCAGUGAGAGGGAAAUAAUGUAAUCAUUUAGAAUGUUAUGAUUUUCUUUAUUUAAAUUGGUACAUGCAAUAGCGAGAUCGUAAUAAUAAUUAUAUUUUCAGAAAAAUAAUUUAAGUGUCUAUUUCUUGGAUGUUAGGAGAUUAUUAAUUUAAAUGAAUUAUAGUUGGAUUAAGAAUUAUAUGAGAUAGGAUUAAAAAGCUAUAAUUUUUCAUCUGAUUAUAUAUUUGAACGACAGUCCUUAACAUUAUUAGAUACAUACUCGAUAACAAAUUAUGAUCCUCAAAUUGUUGCUUACAAAAAGUUAGUUCCAACUACAACAGAAACCAUGAACUAUAUUAAAUCUAUCUAUGAUCUAACAGAUAGAAUUUAUUCCUCCACAAAAAAUCAAGAAUUAACAGAUAAAUUUUAUGAACAUCCUUUAAAUGGAGAUCUAAAUAUUAUUAAAGAUUAAAUUACUAAUUGUAAAAUUGAAAUACCUUGUAGAUGUAUUAGAUGUGAUAAAGUAAAUGUUUGCGAUCUUAGAUACAUGAGUUGCAUAUUAAAUUAAGUAUAACACCCAGAAAAUAGGAAUGGAGUCAAAACUUAUUCAGUCUCUUGUCCUUUAUGUCAUAAUCCUUUUUCACCUAAAAAAAGACAUAGGGAUCAAAGUGUUCAUGAAUAAGUUUAUGUGGAUACAAAGAUGCUCAAUUUUAUAAAUACAAUUAAGAAUUUUAAUUUUUUGAAUAAGGAAAAAUAUUAACUUUUUUUAUAAAAUAAACUUUAUCCAUCUCUGAGAUUUGAAGAAUUAGAAUCUCCAAUUUAAGAAUUAGAUUAAUUUGAUUUAAAAUUGAGAGUAAAUAUUUAAUCUAUUAAAUUUUAGUGUUUAAUAACAAAUUAGAAAUUAAGAAAUCCCAUUAGAGGUAUCUAUUGUCAGCAUCCUGAAGCCUUUGAUGAAAAUAGUCUUACUGAUUUAUGUUCUACAGGUCAAUUAGAUUUGAACUUGGCAUAAUGUCCAUAAUGUCAAUAAAGCAUUUAUAAACUGACACAUGAUAAUAUUUUGAAAGAGUUAAUAGGCUAAUUAUAAGGAGACUUUGAGGAAGUUUAAGUCUUCCCUAAACUAAAAUCAAUCAAAUAAUUAAAAUGA